AGUAAUCAUUCAUCUUCAGUGCGGCUGUUCUGGCCGAGGUCAGUUUGUACAGCUUACUCCUCUCGCAUCCAAAUCAACGGGCUUUCCAUUCAUCAGGAACUUAAUCUCGAUCAAUCCAGAGCCGCGGCGACAUCAUGGGCGGCCGCAUCGACUGUUACGUGGACAUUGUGUCUUUUUACAGCUAUGUGGGAUUCGCAGACUUGCGCAGGAACCUAGACAAGUUGGCUGCACACGGAGUUGAAGUGGAGUUCCACCCCGUCUUCUUGGGUGGCAUCAACAAUCUCUCCGGAAACCAACCCCCAUGGCUGCUCCCAGCUAAGGCCGCUUACCUCUCAGAUGACGCCUAUCGUGCCGCCGCUCGUCUCUCCCUGCCCUACGAAGGGGGCCCCGAGGACAUCAUGGCAAUAUCCAAGACCCUCUCCCCGCUGCGCGCUCUGCAUUUCAUCAAGGCCAACUACCCGUUGGAGACAUUUCUCUCCGCCUUUGCUUUCUUCUUCCACAAGCUCUGGACGCCGCCGCACGUGAACCUCGUUGACGAAGCCAACCUAGCCGCCGCGCUCACCGAGGCAACAGAGAGAACUGAUGGCGGCAAAAGGCUCUUCACCGCCGAGGAUGUUGAGAAGAUCAUGGCGGGGAGAGAGUCGAUGAAGGAGCGCGUGAAGCAGUUGACUGGCGAGGCGGUAGAGAGGGGUGCAUUUGGCGCACCGUGGCUGUGGGCGACGACGAGUGAGGGCAAGACUCAGUCAUUCUUUGGGAGCGAUAGAUUUAAUCACUUAUACCGGUUCCUAGGAGUCCCGUUCCAGGAUGUUGCGGUGCUUCCACCAUCCAAGUUGUAAGACGGAGGACGGAGUGCGUGACCGAUCGUGUUUUUUCAAAGUAGACAGGAACGAUAGUAAAUAACCUAAGAGUUUAUCAAGCUGAAAGAAUUAGACACAUGGGUUAUUGGCGGCAUCCUUCGCCGCUGACCUCCAUUUUCGGAUAGCAGCCAAGACAACGCAGCAACUUUAUAUCAUGCAUUCUAUGGGCCCGAUUUCCUGA